AUGUCGCUGAGAAAGGCUCACCUCGCCCUUACUCUACGGCAAAGGCGGCAGCCAAAAGGAUACUUCAGAUUAUGUGCGCAUUCUAAUCAGGUCUGGUCUCACUCCCUGACCAUCUCUAGGCAAGGCUUGCAUAUAUCCGCCUGGUCACAUGCAGAGCGCGUGAUGGGAGCAGCUAGUUACAAGAGGACUCUUACAAAUCAUUUGUUAGCUAGGGCCCCCUAUGGCAUAGGAAGGUUACUUCAAGAAGCCGAUCUGAUUGAAAAUGUGUCUGUCGUACUGCCGUGCAGGAAUCAGUCACCUACGUCAUUGCAUCUCAUAUACGAUACACUGAUCCUGAUAUUGGAUUUGACAACCGCACUCCAAUCCAAUUGA